AAUAACGCUGGUGGUCCCGGAAUGGAUAAGGCCCCGGACUGCAAUUUUAGCGUCUUUCUUAUGCAUUUUCAGUCGAAAAACAAGUUUUCCGUGGAGAUAGAGCCAAGGUUUAAGUUGAAUACCCAGUGAAGACUGAAGAGUCCAAGUUCAGCACAGCCCAGCACUUCAUCAUGUCUCUGUAUGACGGACUGGGCCUGGACUCAGGAGCCAAAGAUGAUACCAAGAAAACAAGUGCCGAUGUCUCUGGCUGGUCAUCAUCCAUCAAGUUACUUCAGUCUCAGCUGGCCUUGAAGAAAGCUGCCCUUACACAGGCCCAGAGGCAAAAGGCCAGAACUGCCACAGUAGCCCCUGUGGUGGCCCUGGGCAGUGCCAAAGUGAAGGAGGAGCUAGCGGAGGCUUCCAGCAGCAGCAGUGGUAAAGUUUCCAUCGUACGAGACAUGCCACCUCCUCCCACCCUGUCCUUCAACAGACCUGCACAGCAUCCCAGAGUGAGCAAAAACCUGUUUCUGCCUAUCAUUCAGGACCCCAGUCAAAUGCCGGCGUCCAUCCCCGGAGAGGAGGCGCUGAUUAACGUGAUUGAUGAGUACGACCCUCUCUUCCCUAACGACUACGAGAAGGUUGCCAAGGAGUUCCGUGAGAAGCAGGCACGCGAGAGAGACCAGGAGCGAGACAGGGAUGUAGACGAGAGAGACAGGAGACGGAGAGAUCGAGACAGAGACAGAGAUAGAGAUCGUGACCAUGACAGAGAAAGGGACCGGGACAGGGACAGAGAUCGGGACAGAAGAGACAGGUAUGGCGAGGAUGACUUUGACCGUGACCGUGGCCGCCGUGGUGGAUUUCCAGGCUACCGUGACCGUGAUGAUGAUGAUGACCGUGACAGGCGAAGAUCUGGUGGUAUGGUUCCACCACCAGGGUUUGCUCCACCACCAAACGAAGAUGAUGAGCCGAAGACCUUUAACAGAAAAUCCAGAGGAACUGGAUACGGAGGUGCAGCCAUCGCCCCCCCUCCCAGCUUGGAUGACGAGGAUGUUUACAGCAGGAAGCCCAGUCGAGGAGGCGGCUUUGUAGCAGCCUCAGGAUCCAGCGAUGACCCUCCUGAAGAGAGGAAACCCAGAUCACGUCGCUCAGGGUCAGGCUUCCCCCCUCCCCCUAACCUGGAUGAAGACACUGACUACAGAAAACCCAGAUCAACCCCCUUCAGUGGUGCAGCUAUCGCCCCUCCCCCCAGCCUUCAGGAUGACGAGCCUCCAUUUGAGAGAAAACCACGAUCAAGUAACUACGGAGGAGCUGCCAUUGCCCCACCUUCAAACCUGGACACAUCUGAAAAGUCUGAAGAGGACCUGCGGAUCUCCGGUGAGGAAGCCUUCGCCAGACGGGCCAGGCUCAGCAUGCAGUCCAAGCGGCGGGAUGAGGAGGAACGGGACCCCGAGAGAGCCACCACACCUCCACCUGGCAGCAGCUUUGCAGCAACCAUCGGUGGCUCCGGUGGGUUAGCAGCCAGUCGUAUCAUGGCGAAGUACGGAUACCGCGAGGGUCAGGGUCUGGGCAAGUCUGAACAGGGCAUCAGUACAGCACUACAGGUGGAGAAAACUAGCAAGAGGGGAGGGAAGAUCAUCCAAGGGACUCUGGAGCCUAAAGUGGUUAAACCUGAGCUGGACUCCAUCACAGAAAUCAUGAAGAACCCCACCAAAGUGGUUGUGCUUCGGAACAUGGUAGGUCCUGGGGAGGUUGAUGAUGACCUGGAACCUGAGACAGCUGAGGAGUGUGCCAAAUAUGGUAAAGUCAACAAGGUGGUCAUCUUUGAGAUGCCAGGAAGACCAGAGGACGAGGCAGUCAGAAUAUUUGUAGAGUUUGACAGGUUAGAAGCAGCCAUCAAAGCUGUGGUGGAUCUUAACGGGCGUUACUUCGGAGGGCGGCUGGUGAAGGGAGCCUUCUACAGUCUUGACAAGUUCCGAACACUGCAACUGGCAGAUGAAAUCUAACUGAAAAAAAUCCAAACAUUUGUACUGUUUCUUGUGUUGUAGUACAUGUACGUGACAUGGCAGUGUGUACAAAAUUGGGAAACGUCCUGUCUGUGUUGUACGGGGUAGUUAUACCGUAUAUCUUGAAAUGUUCAGUGGUUUACUUCAUGGUUUUCGCUGUGACCAUUCCACCUCGAAAUUGUGUCAUUACAAAUAUUUAUUUCCAUUGAAUUUCCAGUGCUGCACUACAAAAUUGUCUCAACUGCAAACCAUGAAUGGGCAAAAUAUAGUCCCCACCAAAAUUUAUGAAAGUACAUUGAACAAAGUACUUUCUCACUUUCAUGUUCAUUUAUAAGUAUAUGGUACAGGUUGUGCUCAGAUAUCCCGUGUACAACUGGCUGAAGUGUGAUUUUUAUAUUGCCAGUCAUGUCAUCCCUCAAUCCUAUCUCUACAGAUUUCCUCCUAGACAGAAUUGGUAAAGGUUGGAGGGUUGAAAACAGCUGAUUUAUCUGAAAGCUAACCAUUAGUCAGUAUUUAUGUAAUACUAUGUAUUCAGCAUAACUGCCAUAGAAAUACAAAAUACCAGUAUGUGCCGAUAAAUGUACUGAAUACUUUGCUUCAUGCCAUUUCCAGAAAACAGCUUUUAAGUAUGGAAGUAAAGAAGUCCAAAUAUGUACAUAUGCUUUGCCCUGUGUGGUGCACCAAUGGAAUGAGUAAGCCUGUGUCACAUACUCUGUCAGGGGCUGACUGAUCCUCCUACUUGGCUGCUUGAUGCCUGAUUUAGUCAGGCUAGAGUGAGAGUACACUAUCCAAAACUACA